CCGAGCCCGGGCUUUGAGGAAGUGGGGCGAGGCCUCAGUGUCUCGAGUAUCCCACCCCCUGCCGGGCGACCUCUCCUCUCUCUGAAGGUGGACCUGAAACUCCAACACCACGACCUCUGGGCCAGCCUCCAUGGCCAGGUCCCGGGCUUGCUGGACUGGGACAUGGGCAAUGAGUCCUUUCUGGCCUUCACCACCGCGCACCUGCCCCCGGCGGAGCAGAACCUUGCCAGAUAUAGACUCCGAAUAGUCGAGCCACCAAAAGAACCCGUGAACAAAACAGCCAGCCCUGAUGACGAUGGCCCAGCCCUUGAGCCCAACCUAUGGAUGUGGGUAAACCCCAACAUCGUGUUUCCCCCUGGAAAGCUGGAGGUCCGAGAACCUCGCCAGUGGGAGCAUCUGCCAAGCACACUCCCCUCCCCUCAGCUGCCCCCCAAAGAGCAAGACUUCGCCAACACCAGCUGCUCCUCGGAGGCCGCAGCGGUGGAGUCAGAGUCGCUGCCUUCUUCCAGCGAGCAGUCUCCCCCUCGGAAGCAGAAGCGGUUUGCCUCUUCCCCCAGCACCUGGGAGCUCACAGAAGAGGAGGCUGAGGACCAGGAUGACCGCUCCUCUGUGGCUCUCCCGCCCCCUCACAAAAGGGCCCCCCUCCAGAGUCGGAGGCUCCGGCAAGCCAACAGCCAGGAGGGGAGGCUCUGGUCCCGGCCCCCCCUCAAUUACUUCCACCUAAUUGCACUGGCAUUAAGAAACAGUUCCCCCUGUGGCCUCAACGUGCAACAGAUCUACAGUUUCACUCGACAACAUUUCCCCUUUUUCCGGACGGCUCCGGAAGGCUGGAAGAAUACCGUCCGUCACAACCUCUGUUUCCGAGACAGCUUUGAGAAAGUGCCGGUUGGCAUGCAGGUCGGAGCCAGCACGCGGCCCCGCUCCUGCCUCUGGAAGCUGACCGAGGAGGGACACCGCCGCUUUGCCGAGGAGGCCCGCGCCCUGGUCUCCACGCGCCUGGAGAGUAUCCAGCAGUGCAUGAGCCAGCCAGAUGUGAUGCCCUUCCUCUUUGACCUUUAACUCCAAGAAGCAGGAGUCAGCCCAUCCCGUAUUAAAGUUACCUGC